GACCGGAGGUGGGGAGCGGGGCGUGAGGCGUCAUCCGCUUCUUCCUCCCGCCGUGUAAUGAGACUCGGCGUGUCGUGUGGUAGCUGCUGCCACUCCGAACCCGAUCCCUGGAGACGGCUUCGCCAAACUCGGCCAACGGGCCGUAGUAGUUUUGCGCUUUAAACGUGACAGAGUUAGUCCUUGAUAAUUGCCUGUGUGUCAACGGGGAAAUUGAAGGCCUGAAUGACACUUUUAAGGAACUAGAGUUUCUGAGUAUGGCUAAUGUGGAAUUAAGUUCACUGGCCCGGCUUCCCAGCUUAAAUAAGCUUCGAAAGUUGGAACUUAGUGACAAUAUAAUUUCUGGAGGCUUGGAAGUUCUGGCAGAAAAAUGUCCAAAUCUCACCUACCUCAAUCUAAGUGGAAACAAAAUCAAAGAUCUCAGUACAGUAGAGGCUCUGCAAAAUCUUAAAAAUUUGAAAAGUCUUGACUUGUUUAACUGUGAGAUCACAAACCUGGAAGAUUACAGAGAAAGUAUUUUUGAACUGCUGCAGCAAAUCACAUACUUAGAUGGAUUUGAUCAAGAGGAUAACGAAGCACCAGACUCGGAAGAGGAGGAUGACGAGGAUGGAGAUGAAGAUGAUGAAGAUGAGGAGGAAGAUGAAGCUGGUCCACCUGAAGGGUAUGAGGAGGAGGAGGAGGAGGAGGAAGAGGAGGAGGAAGAGGAUGAGGAUGAAGAUGAGGCAGGCUCAGAAUUGGGAGAGGGAGAAGAGGAAGUGAGCCUCUCCUACUUAAUGAAAGAAGAAAUUCAGGAUGAAGAAGACGAUGAUGACUAUGUUGAAGAAGGGGAAGAAGAGGAGGAAGAUGAAGAAGAAGGUCUUCGGGGAGAGAAGAGAAAACGAGAUGCUGAAGAUGAUGGAGAAGAAGAAGAUGAUUAGAUCAUUCUAAGAUCAAAUUCCCUAGUGGUCCUGGGUGUGCAAUAGAGUGAUCACAUCUUCUUUGUUUCUUCAUGUACGAUAGCUAUCCCUACCAGAAGAUAAUGUGUAACUUUUUAUAGGAAAAGUGUGGUUUUACUAUUUUUGCCUUAUCAUUCCAAUUAAGAUUUACUAGUUUGUUAAUGAUCAUAUUGUAUGUAGAGAAAAAUUUUCAUUAAUCUCCCAUUGUGAAAUUCUCUAGCAAUGUAUUUGGGAUCUUAAUUUUUCUAAUUCAAGCUCACUGUAUUAGACAUAUUUAGCCCUAAAUUAAAACAUAAUUGCUUUUACACAGGUAUAGUUUGGUGCAUUUCAUUCAUAAGGUUUUAAAGUUAUUUAUAAAUUAAGUGAAAGUCAGCUGCAAUAUGAAAAGACAAUAGCCUCUUGAAUGAUAAGCUGAUUAUUUUUUUAGAGGUGAUUCAGAGAUCUUUGAAGACAAUGAAUUUUUUUUCUUUUUUUUGGCUAAGGGUAUUUGGCAGCUUUUUUUUUUUUUUGAGUAAGUUGGGAAGUAGAAGGCAGAAUAAUAAGGAGUCUAUUCAGCAGUAUAGUUCAUGCAUUUGGGGGAGGUUUUAUUCAGUAAUAUAAUUCAUGAGUUUUACGGUGACUGAUAAGAUUUUGCUUAUACUAUGUCUAGAGACAUAUAGGUAAGCCUUUUCUUCAGGCAGCAGAUCAUGACAUGCCAUGGGUGGUUUAUCUUGUUUUAGGUGUGCAUUCUUUCUUCUUAGCAAUUUUUAAUGAUAACUACCCCUCUUGUUUCAUUCUCUUCCCUCUAUUCCAAAAGAAAGUUGGGAUAUCCAGAAAACCUUUAGUUUUAUAUCUCAGCUACCUUUUUAGACCUGUCUGGGUUUUAAACAAGCAAAUUGAAAGAAAUGGAAUAUUUUCUGAAAUACGAAUAUUAUCUGAUAGUUUUAUGCAACAAGCUCUGCUUACUGUAAGUCUUUCUUGGUUGACAACAUGGAAGAUCAUAUUAGUAGGAAAAAGAAAACCAGGGAAGGCUUUUGGAAGUGGCAUUAACAUUUUUAAAAAGUGGGAUUGCCUGUUCAUAAUGAGAUGGUCAGGUCAGAUUUUUAAGUUGGUUUCCCAAAUGAUUUGGACACCAGCCCUGUGAAGUGUUUAUGAUGUCUUUAUUAGAACUAUUGGACCCUUUAGAUUUUCUUCUGUAGUUUUAACGCAUACCAAAUAGAGCAUUUAAUUGGACUAUGGUAAGCAGGUGGAAGAAUAUUUGAAACUAAGUCAAUAUUAAAAUUGAGAUUUAUUUUCAAGCGGAUGUCCACUAAAAAUAGAAAAAUAUUUGGGAUAAGUGUGAGUGUGUGCUUCCUUCUGUAUAGUUGCUUAAUAAAAUAUGAGAGUGAAUAAGUACAUCUCCUUUUUAGUCAUGGAGGCUCCAUGUUCAAGGCAAUCUUGGCCACCUAUAAUAUUUUCCCUUUGUUUUGCAUAUUUGUAAAUUUUAAAAAAUAAUCAGGAAAUUAAUUGAAGUUAUGUUUUUGUACUAGGACACACUUACUGAGUAUAGUACUGCUGUUGCUUCUUUUUUAGUUUAAGAUGUAUGACUUGGUGAUUUUGGCAGUACAGGGGUUUGAAUUUUUGAGGCCUGCUAUAUGACUUGAUGUUUUAGAAUAAAACUAAGUUGUUUGUGGAGAAAUCAAGAGCAUUGUACAACUGACUGAAAUAAAACAUAGGAUAAAUUUAGUGGUGAGGUGGAUUGGACUCUCCAAAAGAUUAAUAACAUUUUUCUCCAAAUUUUAACAAUUGAAAUGUUUUGCUCCCUAAGAAUUCUCAUUGCUCACCCUACUGAUUAUAAAAUGCUUAUUUUUAAAAUGAAAUCCAUGUAUUGAUUUUCUUAUCAGUCAUCUUAUUGUGCAAUCAAAAUUAGAGUUCUUUGGUUCCAAAACAACACAGCCUCCAUAGAAGUUUUAAGAUUUACUUAGCUUUGUGGGUGGUAUUUUCAUGCAAAUAAGUGAGGGUGGGUUUUAUAUUUUGUAGAAGUUUUGGGUCCUGUUUUAAUGCUCUUUGUAUGGCAGUAUGUAUAUAGUGUGUUAAAUUCCUCAAGAAUCUCUCCUUAAAAAUUUUGAAGUUAAUACCUUUGUGCAACUGUGUUUUGAAUAAAGCCAUGACAGUGUUAAAAACAAAAAAAUGCAGUACUCCUGAUCAUUCUUUUAUUGUUUCUGACUAUUCUGUUUUUUGUGACUGCUGUAACUUAAAAGUUUUUGAAACUGA